CUCGCCGCCAUUUUUCCUCCCGGAGGAGACGCUCCGGCCUGAGAGCGGCUCUCUGUGGCUUCUAGUGACGUCAUUUCCGGCGGCGCUCCGUCGCUUCCGGCGUGACUCGUUGGUUCCGGCGAGCGGCGAGCGGGGCUGAAAGUGACUUUGAGAGCUGGCUAAUUAGCCAUGGCCGAGGACAUCCGGGCCAAGCUGGGGCGCUACAAGACGGCUCCGUUCGACAGCCGCUUCCCCAACCAGAACCAGACCCGCAACUGCUGGCAGAACUACCUGGACUUCCAGCGGUGCCAGCGCGCCAUGGCCGCCCGCGGGGCCGAUGCCAGCCCGUGCCAGUGGUACUUCCGCGUGUACAAAUCGCUGUGCCCCACCUCCUGGGUGACGGCGUGGGACGAGGCCCGUGAGGAGGGGAUCUUCCCCGGCAAGAUCUGAGCGUGCCCAGCGCGGUGACACCGGGGACAGGCCACCGGGAGGGCGGGGACACGGCUGUGACACCCCUGGGGACAUCUCUGUCACCCUGGGGACAUGGCUGUGACACC